GCUGACACGUACAACAAGAACAAGCCUUUGAAAUACUGGGUCGAGCGCAAGAUUUCUGCAAGCAUGAAUCAGUCGCAGCUCCUGCGCCAGUCCGAGACGGUGAGUUAUGAGCAACAGGCUGCUGCGGAAGGUAAUGAGGUCACACUUGGUUCGGAACCAAAGUUUGCUUUCGCUGACUUUGAUUCUGUCGGGGAGCAAGCUGCAGGUGGAAGUGUGGCAGCAUCGAUCGAGCAGGAGUUGGGUUUGCCAGUCCUUGAAGGCAAAAAGCCCCAGGACAUGGCCCAGCUGUUCACAAAGGCCUUGAGUACACGAUCUACCAAAACGGCAGAGAUUGUGGGCAAGCUGACUACUAUUCCGGUAGCAGAGCGGUUGAUUGAGAAGAUGAACACCUGCAUCACCGGAUGCAAUGAUUGCCAGGAACAAAUUGAUAGUGUGUAUUGCGAGGGCAGCGUGGAAGGUUUCAGCUCAAACCUGCUGGAGAAGCUGACUGGGCUUUACAAAAAGGCGAAGCGUACGGCUCUGGAGUGCAUGACCCUGGAGAACCGUGCCAAAGCUGCUAUGCCGAAGCGGCGAGCCACCCCAGGAGAGAAGCCGGUGAAGCCAAAGAGCAAACCUGUGAACUACCGGGACCUACUGCAAGAAAGCUGGUUGAGUCUUUGGGGAAUGGAGCCGGGAGCUGGUAUCAUCCGAUUUGCAAAAACCAUUGAGAAAGAGCAGCCACUGCUCAUGCCUGGUAUUCGAGAGAUGGCCUUGAAAGACCCGGCCCAUGCAGAAGAAGCACUUCACAAAUUGAUUCGCGAUUGGGGGCUGGCCUUGCCACUCGACAUCUAUUACUUUAGCAGAGGGGAGCUGUGGUGCCCUAUGGUAAAGCCUUCGACCUGGUUUGAAUACUUGAUUUGCAAAAAGGCUGAGAUUUUGCUGGGAGGCUUUCCCCGCAAUCAUCCAGCAGUUGGAGAUUUGCUGGCGACCUGUGUAGAUGCAUACCGUAUUGCAUGUUCGCUGACGAAGGGCGAGGGCUUCGCAAGGUGCUGGAUGAGGUUGUCCAAGAUUUGGCAGGCAUCUGUACAGUUGGCUUUGAGUGUGAGGAUGGCAAACGAUGGUCUUUCAAUCAUCUAUUGGGGCGAGUUGGCGAAGUACGUGCUACCUGCAAAGACCUUGGAAAGCUACGAAACCAUCAUGCAUCUUGCCAGUACCCUUCAGUAA